AUGUUCGAAUACACGGAGAUGUCCAUUUCCCCUCCUUCAGAACUCGUCUGGGACACGUUCUGCGAGAUGCUGAAACUUAGUGGGCUUGCAUCGCAGCAGAAAUCUUUAUUCUCGGUUGGCAUCAACGCGCCCAACCUCUACCCCUCGUCCUCUUUCUUCCAUGAUGUCCCAACGCUUUUGGGCCAGUCUCGCCUGGGAGAGCUCAUCCAGCGAGAAGGAUUUUUGCAAAUUAUCGUGCACAACCUUGUCUUCACUUUCCCUGUCUCCGACUCCCCAGAAUUCCAUCGUUUCCGCCACGCCUGCAACACAUACCAGCGCUUCUUUCACCCUCCCUCUGUACUCCAGCCUGCCGCUGAUCUGCCCAUUGCUGGCGAAGGUCAAGAAUUGCUGGGUAGGGUACUGGUGAAGGUCGAGCCUGGAGUUUAUUACGAGGGGACGCUCCAUCAUACGGGUCCUCACUUUGAGUGUGGCUGCUUCGCCUUGGUACCUUGCAACCUCUCCAUUGGGUCUUCCAACUCCAUUGGGAGCGCCACGCCACUGCGUAACACUCCAUGCUACGCACUUUCUUCCUCUAACACAAAUAUCUUCUAUCUUAAUCCCGAUCGUUCUGUCACAGUUUCUGAAGACCAGAGGAUGUAG